AUGGCCGCCGCCGCCGGCCUCAGCAUCGCGCCGCUCCUCCGCCCGGCGCCCCUCUUCCUCAUCGCCUCCGCGCUGCGCAUUGCGCUCCUCCUCUACGGCACCUGGCAGGACGCCCACUCGGCCCUCAAGUAUACCGACAUCGACUACCUCGUCUUCACCGACGCGGCGCGCUACCUCGUAUCCUCUCCGGCAUCUCCGUCUUCAUCUUCCGCAGGCUUCUCCUCCUCGGCGUCGCCCUACCAGCGCGACACGUACCGCUACACCCCGCUGCUCGCCUGGCUCCUCCUCCCCACGACCCUCGCCCCGCAAUGGCUCUUCUUCUCCUUCGGCAAGGUCGUCUUUGCGCUCGCCGACCUGCUCGCCGGGUGGCUCAUCCUGCGCGUCCUCCUCGGCAGUAGCAGCGGCGGCAGCGGUGGUACCUCCAGGCGUCCUGCUGGAAGGGUGCCUGAGCCGUCGUCGUCGCAGCACCAGCACCAGCAGGCCAUGACGCCCGAGCGCGCCGGCGCCUUCGCCGCGCUCUGGCUCUGGAACCCCAUGGUCGCCACCAUCAGCACGCGCGGCAGCUCCGAGGGCCUGCUCGGCGUCCUCACCGUCGCCCUGCUGUGGGCCGUGCAGCGCCGGCGCGUGUCCCUCGCGGGCGCGCUGCUCGGCCUGGGCGUGCACUUCAAGAUCUACCCGUUCAUCUACGCGCCCGCGAUAGUCUGGUGGAUGGACGACGAGCACAUGGGUGUCGUGACGAGAAAGCCGUCCUCAAAGGCAGGCGCGCAGUCCUCUGUGGGCGCGACCCUGCUGCGCUUCUACUCCGCCGCGAGGAUUCGCCUCGCCCUCGUCAGCCUCGCCACCUUCAUGGGCCUCAACAUCCUCAUGUACUCCAUCUACGGCUCGCCCUUCAUCGUGCACACUUUCCUGCACCACCUCACGCGCAUCGACCACCGCCACAACUUCUCCCCGUACAACGUCCUGCUGUACCUCACGUCCGCCAACCCGCCCGCCGCCGCCGCCUGGCACGUCGAGUCCCUCGCCUUCGUGCCCCAGCUGCUGCUCUCCUGCGUGCUCAUCCCGUUCGUGCUCGCCAAGAAAGACCUCGCCACGUCCAUGAUGGCGCAGACCUUUGCCUUUGUCACCUUCAACAAGGUCUGCACCUCGCAGUACUUCCUCUGGUACAUGAUCUUUCUGCCGCUGUACCUCCCUCGCUCCUCGCUCCUCCGCAACCCCAAGCUGGGCGUCACAGCCCUCGUCCUCUGGGUCGCGUCGCAGGGCGCCUGGCUGCAGCAGGGCUACGAACUCGAGUUCCUUGGGAAGAGCACCUUCUUUCCGGGCCUCUGGCUCUCAUCGUUGGGUUUCUUUCUCGUCAACUGCUGGAUUCUCGGCAUCAUCAUUAGCGACGGGGUGGCGCAACGGAGCAUCAGUCCUUCACGCAAAGCACACGUCGAAUAG